GGAGACGUGGCUUAGCGGCGGUUCUGCCAUAUUGAGCCGCAGACAGGCUGACUGCUGCACAGAGGUACCUGUUUUAUUUGUCACGACGCUGCUUUUAACUAGACAGGACGACUGUUGCCGAAAGCGUAACGGAGUAGAAGAUUAAACACACUAAAGAUGGUGCUGUUGGCUGCAGCAGUGUGCACCAAAGCUGGAAAAGCUCUGGUGUCACGGCAGUUUGUAGAGAUGACACGGACGCGGGUGGAGGGCCUGCUGGCCGCCUUCCCCAAGCUGAUGAACACAGGCAAGCAGCACACGUUUGUGGAGACGGAGAGCGUACGCUAUGUCUACCAGCCUCUGGAGAAGCUCUAUAUGGUGCUGGUCACCACCAAGAAUAGCAACAUCCUGGAGGACCUGGAGACCCUCCGCCUUUUCUCACGCGUGAUUCCGGAGUACUGCCGCGUGCUGGAGGAAAGCGAGAUCUCGGAGCACUGCUUCGACCUCAUCUUUGCCUUUGACGAGAUUGUCGCCCUUGGUUACAGAGAGAACGUCAAUCUGGCACAGAUCAGGACAUUCACUGAGAUGGACUCUCACGAGGAGAAGGUGUUCCGCGCUGUUCGAGAGACCCAGGAGCGGGAAGCAAAGGCUGAAAUGAGGCGAAAAGCAAAGGAGCUGCAGCAGGCACGGCGGGACGCUGAGCGCGGGAAGAAAUCUCCAGGUUUUGGUGGCUUCGGCAGCAGCAGUAGCAGCAGCAGCACAGCCAUUAUCACAGACACACUGGUCGAACCAGAGAAACCCAAACCUGCCCCAGCACCCACCAGGCCUAGCGGUCCCAGCAGAGCCCUCAAACUAGGGGCCAGGGGUAAAGAGGUGGACGACUUUGUGGAUAAACUGAAGUCAGAGGGUGAGAACAUUAUCCUGUCUGGCACUGGCAAAAAACCCUCCGAAGCCUCUAAAUCUCUGCCCGCUCCUGUUAACACAGAGAGUGUGCACCUUCGGAUAGAGGAAAAGAUCACUCUGACAUGUGGACGAGAUGGAGGGCUGCAGAACAUGGAGAUACUGGGCAUGAUCACCCUUCGGGUCUCAGACGAGAAGAACGGGCGAAUCAGAUUGCUCAUCAACAACAAUGAUAAGAGAGGAGUCCAGUUACAGACCCACCCCAAUGUGGAUAAGAAGCUGUUCACAGCAGAGUCUUUAAUCGGCCUGAAGAACCCAGAGAAGUCGUUCCCCCUAAACAACGAUGUGGGAGUGCUGAAGUGGAGACUCCAGACCACAGACGAGUCCCUUAUACCGCUAACAAUAAACUGCUGGCCCUCAGAAAGUGGAUCUAGCUGUGAUGUUAACAUUGAGUAUGAACUGCAGGAGGAAUCGCUGGAGCUUAAUGACGUUGUCAUCUCAAUCCCCAUACCAUCGGGCGUGGGCGCACCUGUGAUUGGUGACCUGGACGGAGAGUAUCGGCACGACAGCAGACGGAACGUUCUGGAGUGGUGUCUGCCCGUGGUGGACGUAAAGAACAAGACCGGCAGUCUGGAGUUCAGCAUAGCCGGCCAGCCAAAUGACUUCUUUCCCGUCAAUGUAUCGUUCGUCUCUAAAGGGAACUACUGUGACAUUCAGGUCAAUAAAGUGUCUCAGGUGGACGGGAACAGUCCGGUGCGGUUCUCCACAGAAACGGCUUUCGUGGUCGACAAGUAUGAAAUACUCUAAGGAAGGAAUUCCUCAACGAAAACCCCUGAGACCAGCUUCAGAGAAUAUCAGAUCAGUGGACUGACAGUAAUAUAAACACAGUACGAGCUAGAGAGAGAAAGAUAGAGCAUGAAAAAUUGUUCUUUUCGCCUUCAGCAGUACUUCACCAGGACUUGAACCUUUUCCCCCUUUCCAAAACAAAAAAACAACCUUUUCCCCCUUGGCUGGCGGUGUUUGCUUUAUUUGUAUCUUUGUACAAAAGUAAAUAGUUCUAUGAAGGGAUUGGUUUGAGAUCAUGAACAAGAAUGACACAGCCAAACCAAUCAGUUUGAAACCAUAUGGAGCUAAUAAUUUAUAAAAUCCACCAUGUCUUUUCUGGGUUGUAUAGAUUAUGGAGUUUUAAUGAAGGUUAAUCUAAUUUAGCAUUAAGGGUAAAUUAGCCAGUCUCAUGUUUUCUACUUAAACCUGCUUACAUUUUUGUCCUGGGAUUCUGCUCUGUCUGAAAUCCCUGCACUGCUGUCUUUUCCUGUCCUCGUCUGAAAGAGCCAUCAUUGUCCUAUCUACUCCUUUCCUGCAUAGGCAGGACCAUGUAUUAUGAAAUGGACCUCAUUUUACAUGUAUGUGUAUGUGAUUCCCCCCCCCUCCCAUGUAUCUUUCUUCCUGCUGGACUUUUUUAAUCUCUCUCAUCUGCUGUGAAGUGGCCUGCUGCACAAGUCUAAGCUUGUAUCUGGUUCAUCUGCAUUAUCGCCUUUGCUUUUUCCCGCAAUCUGUAAGCCAGUGGCAUGUUGGAUGGCACUGAAAUCCGUUUCGAGGUCAGUUUUGUAAUACUUCAGUAAGCUUGCUUUCAUGCUUCAUUGUCAAUGAGGCAGUGAUGUUCUGACUUUUGGCAACACGUGUGAAAACGGUUUUUCUGUGCUGGCAUUGUUGUAGAGAGUGCAAUACAUAAGUUGUGGCGUUUGGAAGUCAUCCGGUGCCACGUUUACCUGUAAUUUAGGAAGAAGAGGGCCUGUAGUUUUGAUAACACUUUCAGUCCGCUGUGAUGUACUGUUAGAUUCGGAGUGUUAGCAUUAAAAUUCCUAGAAGGAUUACAGAAAAACUACCUUAAAUUGUUUCAACCUUUGUUGAGUCAGUCAUGAGUUCUCCAGCAUGUCUGCUAACACUGUUAGCAGAGUUGAGUGUAUGUGUUUUGCUCCUUAGUUGUUUUUGACUGCAGUUAGGAUGGGAUUUAGGAGCUUGUUAAAGGAAUAGUUUGGCCAUGAGUAAAAGUUACACAAAUUGCCAUUUACUUGCGUCAAAGCUUGCGUGAUUUCCCCUCGAGUGAUGAGACUAAUGUAGCUAACAGGUGAUGAAAGUCUUUCAUUUCAUUAUUUGUUAGCAAAGAAGCAAAAUUAAAAAGCCAGAUAUGUCAUCGCUAAUUAAUUUCAUUUGAGGUAAAAAGAAAAUUGUGUAAAUUUCACUCUUGGCUAAACUGUUCCUUUAAGCACUAGGUCUUUGCAUCAGUAAUGACACUUGAAGCUCUCUGUGUUCAUGCCUUGACUCUCUCCAUUGCGCCAAGGGAAAAAAGAAAGACAUUCAAGUUUAUUGUUUUGUUGUCUUGUCUCUUUUGUUAAUCAUAUUGCAGGUGGGAAGUGGAAAAAAUCUAUUUGAAUUUUUUUUUGUAACUCUGUAAAAUAAUGAAUAGGGUAAUGAUGAGUAACAUUCCAGUGUAAACUUAUUGAAGAAAUUAUUAAAGUGUAUAAAAGGA